GCAUCUUUUGCCAUCUUUUUCUCUCUAUCUUUCUUCUAUUUUCUUAUUAUUUUAAUAAAAAAGGCCUCCGCUGUAGAUUGAGUGUUCAACAAGCUUCUUCCGAAGGACUGUUUUAUCGAAGACCUUACCGUCUGCGUAGAAAGAUGAAGGCCAUUGUCAUACUGAUCGCAACAUGCCUAGUUGGUGUCGCGUUAGCUAGCCCAGUGGAGAAGAUCAGCGUAGUCGAGCAACAGACGACGACAACGCUGACCGACAGAGCCAAAUACGAAGAAGAAUUACUUCGCAAGCUGAACGUUAAGUGCUCGCAAAAUGACCUCAGCAGCUGUGUUAUGCUCAAGCUUGUCACCUACAUGAACAAACUCUUGAAGAAAGCAUCCUUUGAGUUAACCGAUGACAUUGAAAUUCGCAAAACAUCACAAGCCACGGAAGAGAUUGUGAGCUUCCAAUCCUCUGGACGUAGCGGACACGAUGACGAAUCUGAUGUAUUCGAUCUUAUUGCUAGCAAAGUAUAUGCUUUUGUCAAGUCGCGAAGUAUCAAAUGGAGAUUUCUCCCUGAGGACGAUGUCGUUGUAUCUGCCAAAGAAGACGAGAAUGGUUCUCUCAACCUUGGUCUUUCCAUCGAACGUUCUGAAAAUGCCGUUCAAGAUGGACGUGGCAAGAAGAACAACAUGGGACCUCUUCUCGCCGCUGCCGUAUUAAAAAUUGGUCUGAUUGGUGGAUUGGCGUUCAAGGGAUUAGCUUUACUCGUCGGCAAAGCCCUUCUUCUGUCAAAGAUCGCACUCCUAUUAGCUGGAAUAAUCGGUCUGAAGAAAUUGUUCUCAGGACAGAAACACGUAACUUACGAGGUAGUAGCACAUCCCCAUCACACUUCAAGUCACAUCGAAAGCCACGGAGGACAUGACUAUUCGGGUGGUUGGGCCAGGAGCUUCCAAGAGCGUCAAACUGAACAAGCUCAACAUAUGGCUUACUCAGCUCAUGCGCCGCAGUGAGAGCAUUUGCUCGUUAAAGUCUCGCAAGUUUGAGACUGCGGCAGACAACAAUUUCGGGAAAUCGGGGAUGACGAUGGGGAUGUGUUGCUUGUUGAGAUUUUCAUCCCAAUUGGGUAAUUCAUUCACCGAAAUAAGGUCAGUUUAUUCGUCAUGCGGAUAUUCCGGACCAAUUAAGACGCACGCACACACGCAUACGCGUUUAGACUGGUUGUUCAAUUGGCACGCAUUCUGGACUCGACCUCAUUCGCCAUUGCAGGAAGUUUUCAUUUUUCUUUUGUCUCCCGCGCAGAAGCAAGCAAACGAUUUCUUUUCUUAUCAGUAAGCAUGCUUUCAUCAUAUCGAAGGGGUUGCUGUUGUGUGGAAAGAAAUUAGCAACGACAAUGUGCGUCAAUUCCCAUGGGACAAAGGACCAUUGCCUCGACGAUUCCCUCUUUCCCGAAAAAUCUGAGCAUCUCUUGCCGUUUUCCUCCACACGCUAGGCUUAAGAAGUAUCUCCUACUUUUUAUAUCGAUAAAAACUUCAUCGUCAUCAUCGUUAUUAUUAUCAUUAUCAUCAUCAUUGGACGAACUAUAUAUCGACAAUUGACCGUUGACCGCUCGACAGAAUAUACAACGACGAUGACGAUGACAAAAACGUGUAGACAAAUAACCGACUGCUGUACAAAACAGAUACAAUUUUGAUCGACGACUCGACGCACACGUGAUGGUACAAAUAUUACCUUUAUAGUUGUCUUCUUCUGGGGCAACCGGAAAAACAAGCGUUCGGUAUGUAGGCCAACGCAGUUUUCCAAUGCCCAUGUACGUACGUGCGUGCACAUGUACAUAUAGUCCCCUUUCCUUUUUUUACUCCUUUUUUUAUGACUGAAAGAGAGAACAACUACCGUCUUUCUCUGUCUUUAAUUUAUCGACGCCUGACCGACAAACGUACAUGCACAUACUUACUUACAAAUACGCACUGAUCGUCUUAAAACAGAACGUACAUACCAAUGGCGCACGCACUCGCGACCCACUUUCGUACGGCAAACAAUCAAAAAAACCAUAAGCAACAGCGCAAAUCAAGACGAGGAAAAUACCAUGAGAAAAAACAAAGAUACACGAGAGAACUGGUCUGGUCAAUCGAUAAUUUUGAUUUUUCUCUGAUGUUAUCUAUCCUCUUCUUUGUCGGGAAAAGGUUUUCGAUAGGACUGAGCUAAGACUGACACCAAAUGACUUUACCAUUGAACUUUUAUAUGGACUGUAGGACAAUUUUAAUAACGCGUUUCAUUCACUAUAUGUUGUUUACCUUCCUAACAAUUCUUUCACCUAAACGAUCUCCUCAUUUUUUCUUCUCAUCAUUACCCUUUUUUCCGCUAUAUUCGCAAUCUUAUUCGUUUUCAUUCAUUCAUUUUUCCGUCUCUAUCUCUGUUCAUGCUAUUUAAUUAUUUUGUAAUGAUUUAAAUUAUUUAUAACUCUCGACGAGAGCGAACGAUUGUAUCAUAACGUGUUACUGUUGUCUAA